UGGUGCACACUGGCCUUGAGGUGAGGCCACACCAGUGCAGAGCAGAGCAGGACAAUCACUUCCCUCAACCAGCUGGGGAUGUUCUUUCCUGACCAAGCACAUCCUGUGUUUUCCUGAUGUAGCCUUUACUGCACGUGCCAACUCCACAAGGGGAUUUCAUGGGCAUUUCCAGGCAAUUAGGCUCUCUCUCUGGUGCUGGAGGCUGCUCUGUGCCUAGCUGGGAUUCACAUUCCACACGUAGGUUCACAACCUGGGUGUUUCUACUCUAAAUGAUAAAAAUACUGCAAAACAGGGUUUCCAACAAAAGCAUUUUUAAGAAAGAAAGGCUAAAGUUCUGCGUGCUUUUGUGGGAUUCAUGGCUACAGCUCUAUUCCGUCACUUGUGAUAAUCAACAUAUAUCUAAUUGCAGGGAUUAAAACUAAAUGCAGCAAAAUCCAUCUCAGAUUUAGAGUAACAUCUCCCUUCAUGGCUUAGAUGGACCGGCCAAGCUGUAAUGUAUCCUCAGUCCUUGGUCUGCUGCGCACAUCAACUGUCAGCAUAACAGAAAGUGUGUGGCCAAAUUCUGGGAGCUCAGCAGUAGCUCAAGGUGACUUUGCAGAUAUUCCUUACUGCUUGAAGCCAGCAAGACACGAAGGACAGCUGCACUCAACCACUCAAAUGAGGCAAAAGAAAUGAGCCUGUCCUUCAGCACUUUUAUUACCUGGGCUUCUCUCUGGCUGUCACCCCAGAUGAAGGAGCUGUGACCAGCCAAUGCAGUUCAGUGCUGCUGCUGCAGACUGAGUUACUGCACUGCCUCAAAUUGCUACAGUGUGAGACUGACUCAAACAUUGUAUUUUAAGUCACUCCCUCCCCACCAUCUCACAGAGCACCACACAUUGACUACACGUAGGAAACAUCAGCACCUCUGUAGCCCCUUCUGAAAUAUCAGCUGAGCAUUUCCUCAGCAAAACUGGCACAGAUAUCUGUGCAGAACACUCUUGAUAGUAAUAUAAUUGUGACAUACAUAGUCCUGAGAUAUGGACAGAGCUUAUUUCUUUUUUGAUAUCUUUAUGGCUUAAGUAUUUUGACUAUCUAAGAACUCGGAUUCAUUGCAUCUUUUGUUUUUUAUUAUGCCCCCUUCCCUCCACCUACUUCAUUCUUACUUGGCAUUUGUCUCAUCCUUGAUAGACGCCUUAAGAUGGGAGAUCAAAUGUCUGCUUUUCUCUGCAAAUGUUGAAGGAAAGGCAGACAAGGCUGGGCAUGGCCCCUCCAGCCUUGACCUCCAGCCUAGAGAUAAAAUCAGAGUACUGAACAAAAACCUUGUCUUAUAAUACCAACAUUGUCAGGGAUCCUCUGUCCUUCCCAGCUGGAAUUACCUCCCAGACACACCCGGACACCAAAACAAACAUCACGGAGGGAUUUUAAAAGACUAAUUUUUUAUGAAUCCUUGUGGUACCUCAGAGGAAAAAGGGGCCCUGUCCUCUGUCAGAAACUGUUGCAGUUUCCCUAUCUGCGGAAAGUUUAAGCUCACUUUUACCUUGCGUUACCAACACUAAUCAAUCUUUCAACUUAGAAGCGUGACUUCCCUGCCUGAAACGUGGGUUCCGACUCCUGGCCCUGCAGAGGACACCCCAACAAUCCCACCCUGUCCCAAACAGCUGCUGCUUGGGCUUCAUUGCCCAGUGAGCUGUCCUGGGCAGCUCUUCGGAGCUGCAGCUCCCACCUGUGCCUUGAGCAGUGGCAUCUGACACCAAAUCCUGCCCUGGGCUCUGCUAGGUGCAGGAUCCCCACUCCCUGACACAGACCUCAGCUUUGGGCCACUCAAGGUCUGUACAGGGGCUCUGGAGGCUGCACUUUAAGUAAUGGAUGCAUUUGCCCACUCUCAGCAUUUAUCAGUCCCAGUUUGUCGUCCAGGUCCAUCCAGGUGUCUUUGCAGAGGCGAACAGGGGCAGGUUUGGUUCUUUUCCUCCCUGCCGGCUCGGGGACCUCUCUCCCUGCUGGUCCAGCUGUCCGGGGCUCCCUGCCCGCAGCAGCUGCCCCAUGGCCGCAGGGACUCCUCCCAGCUUUCCUUCCCGCUCCGAGUCCUGGCUGCUGCAUCCCCGUGUAAGCAGGGGUGGACUCUUUGCCCUGUUACCCUUGAAGCACCCAAGCUCCCAGCUCUGAGCUGCUGAAUGGAAUUCAGCUGUGACGAAUUCACGUGGCAGGCGAGACACAGGAAGCUCGGUGGAGGAGAGGGAAAACCCUCCCUUUAAAGGGGGAGGAGGCAGCAGCUUUUUGCUCGCAGAGCAAACGAGAGGCUCUGCUCCACUCCCGCUUUCAGUUUCAUUUCCCACCAGUGCCCUCCUUCUUGCCCUCAGCCCUCUCUCGAGGCUCAGGCGCCAUGGCCGAGGCGGGUGCUGCGGCCAAGCUGAAGGACGAGCUGACCUGCCCCAUCUGCCUGGACAUUUACAGGAACCCCGUGUCCCUGGGGUGCGGUCAUAGCUUCUGCGAGGAGUGCAUCCAGAAGGAUCAGAAAUGCCAGCAGGGCUCUUCCAAGUGCCCGCUCUGCCUUUCCCCCACAGGCCCCACUGGGGAGCUGAAGCCCAACUUCCAUCUCCGCAACAUAGUGCAGAACUUUUUGGAUGCUUCUGUUCAUCAAGGGGAAGAAAAGCAGAAAGUGCAAUGCAAAGAGAAGGAGGAAAGUUUGGGGCAGCAAGAGGAGGAAAAGCAGGAAGUGCAAUGCAAAGAGGAGGAGGAAAGUUCAGACCAGCAAGAGGAGGAAAAGCAGAAAGUGCAAUGCAAAGAGGAGGAGGAAAGUUCAGACCAGCAAGAGGAGGUGAUCCUGUGUGACUUCUGCCUUCAGGAGCCCUAUCCAGCCGUGAAGACUUGCCUGAGUUGCGAGGCCUCCCUGUGCCAAGCCCACCUGAGCAAGCACAGCACAAAGAACACCCAGAAGAACCACGUCCUGGUGGAGCCCUGUGGUGCCCAGGUUUUGGCUGAGAGGAAAUGCCCCCAGCACGGCAAAUUGCUGGAAUGCUACUGCGAGAUGGACAAGGUCUGCAUCUGCAUGCUGUGCUCCGUCCUCAGCUCCCACAGGGAGCACAAGAUCAUCAGCUUAGAGGAGGCUUUUGGCCAAGCGCAGCGUGUUUUUCCAAAAACUCUAAAAAAGGUGAUAAACUAUGAAGCUGCGCUGGAUCGAAGCAUAGCAAACCUGCUGGAACAAGCGGAGGAAGUAAAGGUUAAAAAGGGUCUGCAGUGGCAACAACUGGAGAGCCUAUUCAAAGAGAUCAGUCUGCAGCUAGAGAAAAAAAAACGUGAGAUCCUGAAAGCUCUCAGUGACUAUGAGAACCAACAAAUUUCUCGGAUUCACAUGGAGUUAAAGAACCACAGAGAGCAGAAGCGUUCAGCCAGCCAUGAUAUUCAGGAGCUGGAGGCUCUGAGAAAUCAGAAAGAUAUACUUCUUUUCACCAGGGCUUUUACAGCAAUUCAAGCCAGGGAACGGAAGCCUGUUCCUAUCACGGAUGGUGUGAAAGUGCCAAACCCACCUAUUGCUUUGGAUGAAUCAAAAACACGCAAUGUUCUCUCCCUUUUCCAGCAAUUCCUUUCAAACAUGGAGUCCUCAAUUAAACCACCACCUGUGGUGUUUUCAACUCCUCACAGCGGUACAGGUGGACCCCAGCAUCCACAUAACCCAAGUGUUUUCUCCCUUUCUGCUGCCCCUGCCUUCUCCUUUCACCGUCCAGGCAGCUCUUCAAAUCCUGGUUUGCCCACUCGCUCCGGCAUCGCUGCCUGUACCGCUUCAAAUACUAGCUUUGGUGGGUUUCCUCAGAGAUUCUGAAAAAUGUGUAAAACCUGUGGGUUGAGAUAAGAGCAGUUUGAUAACUGAAACAAAGCAAAAUGAUACUAAUGAUAACAGUAAUAGAAAGGAGCAAAGAGAGUGAAAAAAACCAACUAAAACAAGUGAUGCACAAUAAAAUUGCUCCCCACCUGCCCACUCCCAGAUAAACCAGGACAGGACUCAAAUAUGUGCAGUGCUGUCCCAGACAUGCAGAGUGUCCAGAGUUUCUGAGAGGUGAACACCAACAAUGAGAGCUGCUGGAAGCUUGGAGUCAUUUGUGCCCUGUCUGAGUGCUGCCUGCAAGUGCCUCACGAUUACCUCUGCAUGUUCCUAGGCCAACAACCUCGAAGUUGUAUGGGCAGACUUGGACUGCUGA